GCGGCGGGGCGCGGGGGGCGCCGGGCCCCGGGGAAAGGGCGCGUUUGCGCGGCGGAAGAAACACAGAUGGCGGCGGCGCGGCGCCAUUCCGGGCCGGGAGCAGGCAGCCAGCAGCCCUGUCCUCACCGCGGUCCGCCCGCCGCCGCUAAAUACCCGGAUGCGCCGCCCGAGCGCCAGACGCGGAGCCGCGAGCGGGAGGCGGAGGCAGCGCCGGCGCCCAGACCCCGCGAGCCCUGCGCCGCCCGCCCUCUCGCACCCGCACCCGCGCCGGGGCCCGGCGAGCCCGCCCGGCCGCGCGCGCCAGCCCGCCCGGUGCCCCCCGCGCGGCCGCAGUAGGCGGGCGAGCAUGACCGAGAACUCGGCGUCCGCGCCGGCGGCCAAGCCCAAGCGGGCCAAGGCCGCCCGGAAGUCCAGCGACCACCCCAAGUACUCGGACAUGAUCGUGGCCGCCAUCCAGGCCGAGAAGAACCGCGCCGGCUCCUCGCGCCAGUCCAUCCAGAAGUACGUCAAGAGCCACUACAAGGUGGGCGAGAACGCCGACUCGCAGAUCAAGUUGUCCAUCAAGCGCCUGGUCACCACCGGCGUCCUCAAGCAGACCAAAGGGGUGGGCGCCUCGGGGUCCUUCCGGCUGGCCAAGGGUGACGAGCCCAAGCGGGCGGUGGCCUUCAAGAAGGCCAAGAAGGAGCCCAAGAAGGCGGCCGCCCCCAAGAAGGCGGCCACCAAGCCCAAGAAGGCGGCGGCCAAGGCGCCGGGCAAGAAGCCCAAGGCGACCCCCGUGAAGAAGGCCAGGAAGAAGCCGGCCGCCGCGCCCAGGAAGGCCAAGAAGCCCAAGACUGUCAAGGCCAAGCCCGUGCGGGCCUCGAAGCCCAAGAAGGCAAAGUCGGGGAAGCCCAAAGCCAAGUCCAGUGCCAAGAGGACCGGCAAGAAGAAGUGACAGCGGCGCCCCCCGCGCGCGCGGACCCCGCUUCCCGACUCUUAGUUCUCUGUAAAUACUUCUCCGCCCGUCCCCUCUCCCUCUCUCUCUCUCUCUCCCUCUCUCUCUCUCUCUCUCUCUCUCUCUCUCUCUCUCUCUCUCUCUCUGCCCCCCCCACCCCGUGCCCACCGCCCCGGCCCGCGCCCCCGCCUCUGGGCUGACUUCGGAGGAGCCCAGGACGCCGAAGAUCCCGCGUUCAGCCAGCGCGCAGGGACAGCUGCGAGAGUUCCCAGCCCCGUCCCGACGGGAACGACGUGGGGGUCACUCGUUAUUACCCUGCAGGGGGAGGUGGGGGGGUGGGGGCCCCCGGGGUGGGCUGCUGGUGCUCUUUUUUGGGGGGUGGGGUGGGGGGUGCGCUGGGGAGGAUGGGAAGGGCAGGGGAGGGGCGGGGAGAGGGACUGGGGCGAUCAGGACCGUGAAGGCCAGCUCACCAGCUCGCCGCUGAGCACCCCCGGGGGGGAAGUUUCUGGACCUUGGCAGGAGGACGGUGGAAAAAAACCCUCUCCGGGGACCGAGCAGUCGGGGGUCCCAAUCCCUUUCCUCCAGCCCUCUUCUCGGCCAUUGUCCGGGGAAAGGGUGGGGGCUCUGGGGAGAGAAGCCGAGACUUGAAAAUGAACCCUUGGGGGUCCUUUGUGACUCGGGGAAGUGGAUGGUCUCCCCUUUGAGGGGAGGGGAACUUGGGGAGGAGGGUGGGGAGUCAGUCAAGUGCCUCAGUGUGCCCUGUUGAAACGUGGGUUUUUCCACACAAUUGGACUGGAUCCCGGGAGGGGGGGGGGCUUUUUGAAAUUUCCUUCUUUCUCUCCUUUCCCCUGGCUUUUGGUUCUCCCUGUACUCGAAGUGGCUUUGUUUGGUGACCUGGUGGGACUCCAGUCCCACCAAGGACCACUGACCUUCCGGGGAUUGCGUUUUGCUUUUUUUUUUUUUGCCUAAGUAAUUGUAGAUGGGGGAGGGGAGUGGGCGGGGAGUGGACGGUGAGAUGGGCCCGCAGUGGAUUUUGAAUUGCUAAGUAGUUUUGCAGAGCUAAAUGUGUGUGUAUUUGUGUGUGUAUAUGUACAUAUACAUAGCUAGGGCUAGUUUUUACGUUUUACACCCGGGAGCUGGGAGAAAAAAACCUGUACAGUCGCCUCUCUCUUAUUUUUAAUAAAAUAGGAAAACGCGCUUAUAUGCGCGUCCCACCUACCCUCCCCCCCUUUUUUUUUAAAACCAGUGUUACUUGUGUCGGAAAGAAUUUGCUGUCUUUGUCAUCUUAAAACUUUAAAAUAAAGUCGAGAAAGGAAGAAUCCUGA